CUUAUGGAUAUACGUCCGUUUGAAAAUUAAGAUAUAAUUAGUGUUGAUUUGCUCAUUGUCGCGACAGCAUCUCUCCUUAAGAUGAAGACGACGUUGGGAAUUUUGCUGCUUUUUGCAGUUACUUGCUAUGGGGAAAUCACCAGCAUCCAGAACUUACCAAACCUACCAAAUUUAAAUGACCUUGUACCUUCCAUCAAAGAAAAAUGUGAGAAGAAAGGAGGCAAGGGAACCUACGAAAAUAUAGAAAAAGUCGGUCCAGAAGUGAAGACCUGCUUGGACGGUUUAAUCAACUUUGAGACCCUGAAACAAGAAGUGGAGGAAAGUAAGAAGACAGGAUCGAUGGACGAAGUUUUCGGAAAGUACUGCAAAAAACGUCCCCAAAUUAGGGCAUGCAUUCAAAAAGGCAUAGAUGCUGUCACUCCCUGCUUGGAUGACAACGAAAGAAGUGCUUUAAACAUCACUUUGAACAUCUUGAAGGAACUCGGGGAGUUUGUUUGUUAUCGUGACGGAGACAGAAUUGCCAUGUUUGUGGCCGAGGGAGGCGUUGACUGCUUAAAGGACCAUUUGGAGGGUGUGCAACAGUGUGUUAACAGCACUCUGAAGCUUGAUUCCUCCAAGUUGACCAAAUUAACUCCAAACUCCAUUCCUAAAAUCGAUAAAACCGGAUGCGAUGAUUUAUCAAAAGUUCAAACUUGCGUGGUUGCGGAAUUAGAAAAAUGCAAGGACAGUACUCCAGCCAACAUUGUGGAUGCGUUGUUCAGGUUCAUCAAGAAAUCCGCUUGUGAUGACAAAAAACCCAAGAGAAGUGUUUUUAAAAGAGAAGUUAAUAAUGCUAUAUCUGAGAACCAAGUCCAGUUUAAGGCUGUGGUAGUUGAAAAAGUUAAAACUUACUGUAAUGAAUAUGGAAAAGGAGAAGCUUUCAUUGAUUUAAAGGACUCAUUGAUUAAGUCGAGAACAUGUACUGGAAAUUUUCUUGACAUAUUUGGUGGUCAACAAGAUGUAAGAAUUGCCAAAUGUUACUCAGACACAGUGACCAAAAUCGAAAACUGUUUACCAGAAGAACUGAAAUACUUUCCUGGUUUCGUGGUGGAUGUCUUACAAUCCGUCACACAAUUUCUAAGAGACAACAUGCAGAAUUUCAAACUGUCAUCAACUAACAUGGUAUUUCAGCAAUGUUUCAUGACUUUGAAACAGGAGAAUUCCAAGAAGGCCUUUAUGGAAUGCCUUAACGACAGUAAUUUGGGUGAUUCAAGCAACCAGAUUUACACAAAAGAUGUGACGUGCCGUAAGCUCAAGGAACUGGCGGCGUGCGCUUCCAACGUGAUCAGGAUCACGUGCAUUCCGGAUAUAAAUCUGGACAAAUUCAGAGACGGUUUGGAGGGUGCAUUCACCAAACCCUGUAGAAGUGAAUAGAGUGGUAAUAUCAAAGUAGCAACACGUUGACUAGUACCUGGGUGAAAGGCAUAAGUAAUGAAAGGCAUUAAAAUAAAUGUCUGAGUAUUUGUUACUUAAUUAAACCAUAAGCCACUAAUAGAAUAUAUUCUACA